UGUAGCUUGCUAUGCACAUGCUUGUAUUAUUAUACAAGCACGUGCACUGCAAGUCUAAUAAUAACUAACAGUCAGCAUAAAGGGCAUGAAUACACAGUUUGCUGAGUGAAGAAGAACACUUCAAGAUAUCAUGGCUACUCUUUUCUGUUCUUCCCUUUUACUGCUUGGCAGUUUAAGUUUCUUUCAGUGUGUCUCUUCUCAAAGUGUUGCUCCUGAUGAUGCUGAACCUUUUUGUUCAGAUAUACCAAUAAGAAAUGUCACUUUUCCUAAUGAAAGGAUCCUACUGGACUCACAGAACUACAGGUCAGCUUUUCUUGUUGGAGCAGAAGGAGAAAAUAGGACUUGGCUGACUAUUGAUUAUGAUGGAGGGGGAGUAGGUCGACCUGGUGCUGCUGAAUUUGUUGAUACUUGGUAUGAGGGUAAUCAAGGAGUACAGUGCUUACAUCGAAUCAAUGUUUGUGCUGCCCUGAUCCCUGGAGGAACAUCUUCAUUCCAGAGCAAUUGGUUGAUAACACAAUACAUUAACAUUAGUGAACCAGGAAUAAGUCAAUUAAGAGUCAAUUUAACAUUCUCAUCAAAUUUGGUGUGCUCAAGCCAGCAGUGUGGCCAGCAGCAGACAUUUGAAGUGCAGACAUUUGACACUGAUAAACCAGAUGACAUAAACCGAGGAAAUAUCAGUUAUUAUUCAUAUGCUGGUGUUCGUCUGAUACACACUGCUGAGGAAGGGGCUACUACAGACUCUGAGUCAUUUGCUGUGUCUAGUUCUGGUCUGUAUCUGGCUAUAUGGGACCAAGGAUCUUGUACUGUCAUUAAUCGAAUUGUGGUAUUCUACAAUGUCUGUCCUUAUCAAGUAUUGAAUAAAGCUGUCUAUCCAGAGACAGUAGCUCCUCAAGGGGGCUUUGAUCCAGAUAAAAACGUGAUUGCUACUUGCAUUGAUAAUGCUAGUCCUACAUCAUCAAAUAGUUUAAGUAUAAGUUGUAGGAUAUUAGGAUUGUGGAUUGGAUCAGCUUCAUGUCAAUGUAAUGCUGGAUAUGAAGCUAAUGGUACAGUUUGUCAAGCUUGUGAAGAAGGCACCUACAAGCCAUUCGCAGGAGACAGUGAUUGUAAUGGUUGUCCUAAUAACAGCUACUCAGCUAGUCCUGGUUCUGUGUCCUGCCAGUGUCUGUCUGGUUAUUAUAGAGCACCUCAUGAAGGUAUUGCUGUGAACUGCACUGCUCCUCCUAGCUCACCUCAGAACUUAACAAACACUUCAGUUGCAGAGACUAUCAUUAGCAUUUCCUGGCUUGAGCCUGCUUAUAAUGGAGGCAGAACUGAUCUUUAUUAUGUCAUCAGCAUUAACAGCUCAAUCAGUCUGAUGGAAUAUAGUACAGUGCAUACAAACUACACACUAAUGGGAUUAACUCCAUUCACAACAUACGAAAUACAAGUGAUGGCAAGAAAUGGAGUGUCAGAUCAAGACAAUGCUAAUGAUGACAAUAGAGCUGUUACUGUAACUGUCACUACUCUCAAUCCUUGCAAUGAAACCUGUUCAUCUGGUUUCUAUUUGAAUCCUGAUGGAUGUACCUGUGGUUCAUGUGGAGUGUCUAAUUGUUUAAGAUGUCAAUUGCUUAAUUCCAGUUGUUGUACUGAGUGUCAAUUAGGAUAUGAAAUUAAUGGCUGUGAAUGUGAGGCAGCAGUUGGACCUGUUUCUUCUUCACUUGAUUCAUCAGUGACAAAUCUACCCUCAACUGAAACUCCUCAGUUAUCAUCUUCAAUGCUAACAAUUGUAGCUCCUGUUGUAUUGGUGCUAGUACUCUGUGUUUGUAUUAUCAUAGUAUUUGUGAUUGUGAUAAUUGUUAGGAGGAACAGAAAGAAGAAACUUGUAAAUUUGGACUUGCAUUGUGUUGACGACUCCAGAAUUUCUCUGGAUUUGAAUUCAGCUUAUCAAAAAGUAAAUCAUCAAAAUGAAGAGACAUCUACAGAUGACACUGUUAUGAAGCAGAGGUUGAUCAAAUAUUUAAUACCGUCUUCACAGAUUGAAAUACAAGAAACCAUUGGCCAAGGUGAGUUUGGAAUUGUUUAUAAAGCAACUAUGAAAGAAAGUCAACAAGAAAUUGCUUUAAAAACACUCAAAGGACCAUUUUCAAAGAGUGAUGUCGAUUGUCUUCUUGAAGAGUGCCUACUGAUGUCAAACUUUGAUAAUCCUAAUGUACUGUCUCUCAUUGGUGUGUGUGCUGACCUGGGAUCAGCUCCAGGGAUCAUCAUGCCUUAUAUGUCAAAAGGAAGUCUAUUGUCUUAUUUGCAGAAAGAGAAAUCUUACCUUAUAGUGGAAGCAAGCAGUGAAGAAAGCACAGUGCUAAAUGUUAGGAAACAGUUGCUCUCUGUGUGUCUUCAAGAUGAAGAUCAAGCAGAUACUGCAUUACUACCAUCACUAACUAAUGCAGGACAAGUAAAGGUUAUGAAUGUACCAUUGUACAUGUCAACUCACACUAGCAGACAGUCACAGGCUAUGGAGGCACGAGCACUUCACUUACAAACAUUACAAGCCUUUCAGGAUAGAAGUUUAAGUUUCUUUCAGUGUGUCUCUUCUCAAAGUGUUGCUCCUGAUGAUGCUGACCCUCAUUGUUCAGAUAUACCAAUAAGAAAUGUCACCUUUCCUAAUGAAAGGAUCCUACUGGACUCACAGAACUACAGGUCAACUCUUCUUGUUGGAGCAGAAGGAGAAAAUAGGACAUGGCUAACUAUUGAUUAUGAUGGAGGGGGAGUGGGUCGACCUGGUGCUUCUGAAUUUGUUGAUUCUUGGUAUGAAGGUAAUCAAGGAGUACAGUGUUUACAUCGAAUCAAUGUUUGUGCUACUCUCAUUCCUGGAGGAACAUCUUCAUUCCAAAGCAACUGGUUGAUAACACAAUUCAUUAAUAUUAGUGAACCAGGAAUAAGCAAGUUAAAAAUCAAUGUAACAUUCUCGUCAAAUUUGGUGUGCUCAAGCCAGCAGUGUGGCCAGCAGCAGACACUUGAAGUGCAGACAUUUGAAACUGAUGAACCAGAUGAUAUGAACAGAGGUAAUAUCAGUUAUUAUUCAUAUGCUGGUGCUCAUCUGAUACACACUGCUGUUGAAAGAACUACAACAGACUCUGAGUCAUUUGCUGUGUCUAGUUCUGGCCUGUAUCUGGCUAUAUGGGACCAAGGAUCUUGUACUGUCAUUAAUCGAAUUGUGGUAUUCUACAAUGUCUGUCCUUAUCAAAUAUUGAAUAAAGCUAUCUAUCCAGAGACAGUAGCUCCUCAAGGGGGCUUUGAUCCAGAUAAGAUUGUGAAUGCUACUUGCAUUGAUAAUGCCAGCCCUACAUCAUCAAAUAGUUUAAGUUUAAAGUGUAGGUUGUUAGGAGUGUGGGAUGGAUCAGCUUCAUGUCAAUGUAAUGCUGGAUAUGAGGCUAAUGGUACAGUUUGUGAAGCUUGUCAAGAAGGCACCUACAAGCCAUUCGCAGGAGACAGUGAAUGUAAAGAUUGUCCUGAAAACAGCUACUCAGCUAGUCCUGGUUCUGUGUCCUGCCAGUGUCUGCCUGGUUAUUAUAGAACACUUUAUGAAGGUAUCACUAUCUCCAGAAGAAUGCAACACAGGUCAUUACUGAUAUACAAACUGCCUUCUUUACAAUCACUAGAUGGUGUUAUGGUAACAUCUGAUGAGAGACAAACAGCAGAAGCAACUUUCAGUGACAGAUGCCAACAUCAAGAUGAAGAUCAAACAGAUACUGCAUUAUUACCAUCACUAACUAAUGCAGGACAAGUUAAGGUUAUGAAUGUACCAUUGUACAUGUCAACUCACACCAGCAGACAGUCACGGGCUAUGGAGGCACGAGCACUUCUAUUACAAACAUUACAAGCCUUUCAGGAUAGAAGUUUAAGUAUCUUUCAGUGUGUCUCUUCUCAAAGUGUUGCUCCUGAUGAUGCUGAUCCUCAUUGUUCUGAUAUACCAAUAAGAAAUGUCACUUUUCCUAAUGAAAGGAUCCUAUUGGACUCACAGAACUACAGAUCAACUCUUCUUGUUGGAUCAGAAGGAGAAAAUAGGACAUGGCUGACUAUUGAUUAUGAUGGAGGGGGAGUGGGUCGACCUGGUGCUGCUGAAUUUGUUGAUUCUUGGUAUGAUGCUAAUCAAGGAGUGCAGUGCUUACAUAAAAUCAAUGUUUGUGCUAGUUUGAUCCCUGGAGGAACAUCUUCAUUCCAGAGCAAUUGGAUGGUAACACAAUACAUUAAUAUUAGUGAACCAGGAAUAAGCCAAUUAAGAAUCAAUGUAACGUUCUCAUCGAAUUUAGUGUGCUCAAGCCAGCAGUGUGCCCAGCAGCAGACAUUUGAAGUGCAGACAUUUGAAACUAAUGAACUAGAUGACAUGAACCGAGGUAAUAUCAGUUAUUAUUCAUAUGCUGGUGUUCGUCUGAUACACACUGCUGAGGAAGGAGCUACAACAGACUCUGAGUCAUUUGCUGUAUCUAGUUCUGGCCUGUAUCUGGCUAUAUGGGACCAAGGAUCUUGUACUGUUAUUAAUCGGAUUGUUGUAUUCUACAAUGUCUGUCCUUAUCAAGUAUUGAAUAAAGCUGUCUAUCCAGAGACAGUAGCUCCUCAAGGGGGUUUCGAUCCAGAUAAAAAU